GUUGCCAGGGAGCAGCAUGUACACACCUCUCUCGCAGCAGAAAUAAGCAUCGUGGGCAGAACUCGCUGUCACGUUUUCAAUUACUACAUACAGAUGUGGGUUUUUCUACUUGGCUGAUUUACGAAGGAUAUGUCGAGGUACCUGGUUGGAGAGUACUGCGGACAUUGCUGACCUGUUUGGCAAGAAUUUAGAAAUGAGACAGUCGCCAGGUGAAUGCAAGUGAGCUGCUCAGCUGCAACAAACUACAAAUCAGCCAAGGCUGCCUGAGAAACAGAGACAGAGCCCAGCUCGUUUUUGACGAGACGGAUACAGAGAGAGAGAGAAAGCGGAAGAAAGAAAACGAAAGCGAGACCUUAGUCCUGAAUGCCGCCUGAAGGAUGAACCGCUACACCACGCUGAAGCAACUGGGAGAUGGCACCUACGGGAGCGUGCUCAUGGGCAAGAGCAACGAGUCGGGGGAGCUGGUGGCCAUCAAGAGGAUGAAGAGGAAGUUCUAUUCCUGGGAGGAAUGCAUGAACCUGAGAGAAGUCAAGUCUCUAAAGAAACUGAAUCAUGCCAAUGUUGUGAAGCUGAAGGAGGUGAUCCGUGAGAAUGACCACUUGUACUUCGUCUUUGAGUACAUGAAGGAGAAUCUCUAUCAGCUAAUGAAAGACAGAGAAAAUAAGAUGUUCACUGAACACGAGAUCAGGAACAUCAUGUUUCAAGUAAUCUCUGGCUUAGCUUUUGUACACAAGCAUGGGUUCUUCCACCGAGACAUGAAACCAGAAAACCUGCUGUGCAUGGGCCCAGAACUGGUGAAAAUAGCAGAUUUUGGCCUGGCCAGGGAGAUUCGAUCCCGUCCCCCGUACACAGACUACGUGUCCACGAGAUGGUACCGCGCCCCUGAGGUGCUGCUGCGCUCGUCGGUCUAUAGCUCCCCGAUCGACAUGUGGGCCGUGGGCUGCAUCAUGGCCGAACUCUAUACCCUGCGGCCACUUUUCCCCGGAAACAGCGAGGUGGACGAGAUCUUCAAGAUCUGCCAGGUCCUGGGCACUGUGAAGAAGUCCGAUUGGCCGGAAGGGUAUCAGCUGGCGUCUGCGAUGAACUUCCGUUUCCCGCAGUGUGUGCCGACGCCCCUGAAGACGCUCAUCCCCAACGCCAGUAACGAGGCCAUCGCCCUCAUGAAGGACAUGCUGAUGUGGGAUCCCAAGAAGAGGCCCACCGCUGCUCAGGCUCUGCGGUACCCCUACUUCCAAGUGGGCCAGCUGCUGGGUCCCCGACCUCUCAGCUCCGACAUCAGGAAGGUCCAGGCCUCCAAGCCUCCUUCGGACAUCCAGUCGGCCUCGGAGCCGGUGCUGAAGGCCUCCACGAAGCAAGCGGGCCGGCACGCCUACCACCAGCCCCUGCAGCCGCUACCUCAGAACGUCCCCCAGACAGACACCCACACAGACGCCCACCGGCACGAGCGGGCACAGGGACUCCCAAAGAAGUCUUCCCUGAGUGGGUCUGAGAACAGCGGUGUGGGAGUGAAGAGCGGGCGGAGGCGGUGGGGCCAGGGCAUGUCCAAGCCCUCAGACAGCUGGUCGGAGUCGGAGCACUCGGACUCAGCAGCGUCCAGCUCCAAGAAGCCCAGCAUCGGCCCUGAGGAGGACAAGACCAGCAAGGACUCCAACACCCCACCGGCCAAGGAGCAGAAAGCCCUGUACACGUUCAGCACUGUGACCAAGUUGCCUAGCAACAUUAAAGUGAACCAGCCGGACGUGGCGGCACAGAACUCCUCCUCUGCCAGGCAACACUACCUGCGCCAGUCAAGAUACCUCCCAGGCUUGAUCAGCAAGAACUCGUCUGCACUGAGUGACAAAGAGGCAAGCAAAGACCCUCUAGACAGCACCAUGAACCUCUUGAAUAAGCCGCUGGCCACCCUUGGCCCCGGAGCCUCUAUUACGCGAGUCAACCCAGGGAACUUCAUUAGCACAACGUACAACCUGUCUGGUGGUUACAUCCCCUCCUUCCAGAAGAGAGAGGUGGGCUCUGUGGGACAGAGGAUCCAGCUGGCACCCCUGGGAGGAGGACAGCAUGCGCUCGACCUUUCUACUGCUCCUGAUAGUAAAACGGGUAAAACAAAGCAUGCCAAACCCAAGCCAGUGUCCAGCACUUUUCUCACAGAAAGCAAUGAAGAUUACGAGGGCUGGAGGAAGAGGAUGGAGCGCUCCCAGUUGAAGGGCAGCAGCUACUCUGCCCUGGGCAAGAACUCUGCCAACCUGCUCACGCGCGCACCGCCCAUCCACGGCCGAGUGGACUGGGCGGCCAAAUACGGGAGCCACCGGUAGCGGAACGUCACCGUCCCUCCUGUUUCUCUGUCCCCCAACAUCAAACCAAACCAACCCCCACAUCCCUGACACACACAAAUACACAAGCCACCGGUAGCGCAACGCCACCGUCCCUUCUCUCUGUCCGUUCCCCAAAGCAAACCCGCCAUCCCUGACGCACCCAAAGCAUUUUAUUUUGUAUAUACCUGUACAGUAGGCCUUUGUGGACUGUUUGUGGGGGAGCCUGCGCUGAGAGCCUCCUCACACGCACGCCUCCGUUUGCUGCAAAAGUGCUACAAAAUUAGCAGUACCUUCACUGCGCUCACUUGAAGAUACAAAGGGAAUCUGGGUCUCAGCCUUCGCUGAUUGUUGGAAGGGUCCAGUUUAACCCAUUAUACUCGCGUCACGAACAGUACAGAUCGUAGCAACUGUAUUAAACGGUGUAUAAUUUUG